AUGAAUGCUGCAACUAAAGAGCAGCAGCUGCAGCAGCAGCAGCAACAACAACAACAGCAACAGCCGCUGCAGCAGCGCCGCGCUGCUGCAAAAACAGCAGCAGAACCAUCAGCAAUGAAGACUCCCAAGGUGAUUGACAGUUUAUCAUUCUUAGAGUUAAGCAGAGACUUAACAGAGAAAGAAGAACAGCUGCGUCUGCAUGUGCGCAACAUCUGCGAAACCCGCGUAGCGCCAAUUGCAGCCGAAAUGUGGGAGAGAGGAGAAUUCGAUAGACGUCUCAUCGACGCAUGCAAAGCCAUCGGGCCCGCAGGGCUUCAAAUCAAAGGAUACGGCUGCGCUGGCCUCACAAACACUGAAGCAUGCUUAACAGCAAUAGAGAUGUCGCGAGUAGAUGCUUCUUUCUUUACUUUUGCGGUUGUGCAUUCGGCACUUUCUAUGAAAACCAUCGACGCUGCAGGAAGCCCUGCUCAAAAACAAUAUUGGCUGCCCCUGAUGGCGCGCUGGGAGAAGAUAGGGUGUUUUGCAUUAACAGAGGCUGCAUUCGGAAGCGACGCUGCGCAUAUUCAAACAAAAGCUAAAAAAAUCAAAGGCGGAUUUACUUUGAACGGCAGCAAACGGUGGAUUGGCAACGCGACGUACUGCGAUGUCGCUGUUAUCUGGGCGAGAGACGAAGACACUAAUCUUAUUGAAGCUUUUCUUGUU